UCCAGCAAAUUCCACGUUUCAAAUCAUGGAGGCAGAACAGAUUAUGGAGGGACAGCCGCAGGUUCCAGAAAAUCCCCAUUCAGAAUAUGGUCUCACUGAAAAUGUAGAGAGGAUAGUAGAAAAUGAGAAAAUAAAUGCAGAGAAAACGUCAAAGCAGAAGGUGGAUCUUCAGUCAUUACCCACACGUGCCUACUUGGAUCAGACAGUUGUACCUAUCUUGCUACAGGGACUUGCUGUGCUUGCAAAAGAGAGACCGCCAAAUCCCAUUGAAUUUCUAGCAGCGUAUCUUUUAAAAAACAAGUCACAAUUUGAGGACCGAAAUUAACUCCAUAAAAAUGAGGACAAUUUGGCUGCUAGACUGAAAUGCUCAUUUGCCGCUAUUUGUUUUCUGCUGUAAAAAUCCUUUGGAACUAUGAUGUUGUCUUUCUUAAUCGCACAAUUUGCUUUUCCUUCCGAGUUAUUUAAUAAAGAACACUUUACAUUUAAUUUGUUCACUUGUUUUAAACUAGCUAUUAGGAGACUUUCAAAAUAAAGUACUGAAACAGCA